CGUCGGUCGACCUGCUUUCGGCGACUCCUUCACCAUGCCCUUAGGACCAGCUAGACUCUGGUUCGAAGAGAAUGCAAAGUUCAUCGUACCUCCGCAUGAACCCAUUAGCACCAGUACCUCUUCUAGCCUAGUUUCGGGCUCGAAUGUAGAUAGACUCGAAGUUCAAGCUCCUUCGAUCGCUGUGUUUGAUGGCGGGAUGCACACAAGGCUCAUACAAUCUCUCGACCUUGCCCUGGGAGAUACUCUACUUCAGGCAACUCCACAAGGCAGUGCUGGUUACACAGACGAGGAGGUGGAUGGCAUUUAUUCUCGCUUGUUUGCUGACCAAGUCCGGCACAGGGAUGGCAUACAAUACGAUAUGUGGGAGUCCUUGUCCAAUGAGGUUGUAUGCAAUCGCCUUAUUGACGUAGCACUGCUGCACGCUGUGAAGUCUGUAACGUGGAGAAUGUUUGGCAGAAGGAUUAGAACCAGGACCGAGCCUAUGCCUCCAAGUCAUGGUACAAACGCUUCGACAGGGAAUUCUAAGGAGCGAGUCGAUAUGAAGGUUGAGGAUGAACACGGGAACGUAGUGCAUUUAGGCGAAGGCAAAAACCCAAAUGUUAUGAGAGCACUCGACUCGGAGCUCAACCGUCAGGUUUUCAGUAUCAACCUGACUGAUAAUACAAGCAAUGGCAUAAAGGUUUUUAAUAAGCUCAUUUACUAUAUGCUUCUUUGGGAACAGGAUUGGAUAUGGGUAUGUUGCUUUUCGAAAAUCCGAUUCUUCCGAAUCCACAGGUUAGACGUGGGCGUCUUCCUCUCGUUUUCGGAGGGGCUAGAGCUGGAUUUGAAUACGGAGCCGUUCCGAGCUCUACUUGCCUUGACCUUGAUCAACCUUGGGUUAGCAGAAUAUCAUGAUUUUGAUGUAGCAAGAGCGAUACUUGCAAACAUCAGCAGGGUCGGCAUCUCUCAAGGCCCCCAUACUCCCGGUGAUACCUAUGGGUCUAGUGGUAGCCGAGGUCCAAGUUCCACACGCAAUUCCAGUGGCAGUUCUCGUACAGGUUCAACGUCUACCCCGGGUUCAGCAUCAGGGGGGCGGAGGCGUGCUAAUACAAAAAAAAGUACAGGGGCAAAGAAACGCCCAAGUGGCAGGAAAAGUUGGCCCUUUGGCACUGUCGUGGAAUUUUUGACCAUCGGUCGAAGAAUAACUAGGUCUAUGUCGGUCAUCAAAAUCAGCGCUACUCCAGGUUCCAACUUCCCUGUUCUGGGCACCGUAGAAUUUGAACGUGACCCACGAGCACCGUUCCCCCCACUCCCGACAUCUGCUCACCUAAACGUGCUUUAUCAGGUUGGAGGAGCCACAGCAGGGCUUGUCUAUGUGGCGGAACUGCACAGCGCUAACGAUUGCCGUCGCCAAAAUUACAUUAUCAAAGUCGUGCAUCACGAGUGGCAAGACCACGAUCAAUAUUUUAACAGCCCCGAGCAGCUAAAGAAAGAGUACAAGUCGUAUUACCUGUUUGCAUCGGCCAAACGUGCCGGCGGUUACGAUGAGGUUUUAGAAAAGUUUACGGUUACCUGUUACGGGUUAUUUCGACUUCGGCGGCAAGGUGAGCCACAGGACGUAUUCGCAUUAAUUCUGGAUUACGCGGGCCCCACGUUGCAAGUGCAGGUGGACCAGUUGCCAAUGGAAGAGAAAAAAUCGGUUUUGCGUGCUCUCUUGGGUCUUCAUAUCAUGGGAGCCUACCACGGCGACACACACGAAAGGAAUAUAGUCCGUUGCAGUGAUGGCUCCUUCAAGUUCAUUGACUAUGGCAAUAGCGAAUGGCACAAGUGUCCUGGAAUGCAGAAAUGCAGGGAGCUGGAGUCGGAAACGUGUAAUGUCUUUAGUCUCUUCGGCUUCCGCCCACCUCCUAUUGACGUCGCCGAAUUUGAGCGCUCGGUUUUGGAUCAAUACCCAUCGGCGCCCUACAACCUUGAGGAAAAAAUGGGGAGAAACACACUCGAACGGAUAAACGAAGAAUCUGCAGUAAAGCGUCUGUGCGUGUUGGCAGCCGAGUAUGCCCGGGGUUAUGAGAUGUAGGUCAAGUUGCAACGAAUCCGUAUCCAUAUUUCCAAUUUUUUGCUGUUCAGAGUCCUCAAUCCCGUAUAUUCUGUACUGCUACACAAUAUUAAUCAAUUUCACAUUGU